AUGAACUGCGACGAGCUUCAAGAGGGCGCCAAGGGCGAGCGCUACAUCAUCAAGCGACCCAAGGCGCUGCAGUGGUUCUGUGACGGAGAGCUGCAAAAGGACAGCGACGAGGAGCGCCAGGCCGGUCGCUUCGAGCUGUUCCUAGACCUUCUGUAUGUCGCAAUCGUUGCCAACCUCAGCGAUGAGCUCAGCGAGCACCCGGACGGCGCCCACGUCGCCAAGUACAUUCUCACCUUUACGCCGGCGUGGCACAUCUGGGUGGACCUGCGCGAGAUUAUGAACUCGUACUACACCGACGACCUGAUCCAGCGGCUCGUCAUCCUCUGGGUCAUGGCGCUGCUGGUGCUGUUCGCCAACAACGCCAACGCCGUCGACGAUGACCUGUCGGCGAUGCGCACCGCCGCGGGGGCGUACGUCGCCGCGCGCUUCACCACGAUGCUCGUCUUCCUCAUCAGCUCCUUUGCGAGCUACGCGCACCAGGUGCAGGCGCGCAUCAUGGCCGGCUUCAUGUUUGUGGGCCUGCUCAUCACCGUCCCGCUGUUUGUCGAGGGCGUGAGCGUCGGCGCCAAGGCGGGCGUCGUCGCCGUCAUGGUUGUCUACCAGGAGCUGACGUGGAGCCUGACGCUGAGCCCGUGGCUCAAGCGCCGCCUCAAGCUGCGCUACAGCACGGCCGUGGACAUUGCGCACGAGAUUGACCGCAUGGCGGCCUUCUUCAUCAUCAUCCUCGGCGAGUUUGUGUACAUUGUCAUUGUCGGCAACCCGGCGGGCACGGGCCUCACGCCGGGCUACGCCAAGGCCGUCUGCACCCUCGUCAUUGCGUUUUGCCUUAACUGGAUCUAUGUCAGCGGCGACGGCAGCCUCGCGGGCACGCACCCGAUCCGUCGCUCGCCGUGGACCGCGUUUGGCUUCUUCCUGCUGCAUCUCCCCAUGGCGGCCGCGUUUCUCAUCGCCGGCCACAUCAGCGCCAUGAGCGUCGCGUUGGAGGAGUUUGAGGAGGGCCAGCGGUGGCUGCUCGGCGCUGGUCUGGGUAUUGGCGUGCUGUGCCUCUGGGCCUACGGCAUGCUCUACAAGGCGGACGAGGUGCGCCACGACCUCAUGCUGCCCAAGAACCUGCGCAUCGGCAUGCGUCUGGUCAUUGCCGUCAUCUUGAUGAUUAUCCCAGUUACGCAUGAGCAUUUCAGCGCGACUCAGUUCAUGGUGAUCGUGAUGGGACUGAUUGCAUUUUUGACAAUUUGGGAGACGAUUGGCGGCAUGCUGAAGAGCACUGCCAUCUUUGAGCCGUGGACAGAUGCGCACCCUCCGUCCGGGGCGCUGCUGAGAGGCGAGUCUAGCACGCAAAACUCGGACGGCCUGAUUGAUCGUGAAUCGUGA